GUAACGAUGUCGUGGUCACGUGAUUCUUUAUCGAGUAGAAGCACCUAAGCAUCUUGCCGCGAUGUUUUGUCUUUGAAAGCUUGAACCUGAUGAACAACGGUCAACUUCAACUACAGUGUGCUAACUCGUUUCUCCCCAGACUUCACACUGCCUGUGGUCACAGUCGGAACGGCUCGGCCUGGUUCGGUUAAUCUCGGAGAAGAAGCACAGUUCCCGACUCGCAGUUUAUCCGCCUCCAUCUGUCGGGUACUUUUUUAGUGAGAAAUUAUCCCGGGGUAAAUAGCAGGUUUUGUGGCAGGAAAUAGGUCACACAGCUUCGCGCAGACGCCAGAGUCUGGUUUCUCUCCUCUCCUGCCUCCUCAUCCAGCCGGUCCGCAGACGUUAACGAUGGUUUUACUGAAAAACCUACAUCCACCCACCGAGGGCGUGCGGCAUGAGCAAGCCGAGACCACGGCGGUGAUGGACGGCCAGAGACUGGGCUGCGGCACGCUGUACGUCGCUGAAACACGCCUGUCGUGGUUCGAUGGUUCAGGGAUGGGUUUCUCUCUGGAGUAUCCCACCAUCAGCCUGCACGCCAUCUCCAGAGACAUCAGCACUUACCCUCAGGAGCACCUGUAUGUCAUGGUCAACGGCAAACUCAGUGAUGAGAAUGAGGCAGAAAUGGCAGAGAAGGCAGCUGGUGACGAGGAAGACGACGACGACGGCGGCAGCAGCAGUGGAGGGGAUGAUGAUGAUGACGAUGGAACGAUCACAGAGAUUCGAUUUGUGCCCAGCGACAAAGCAGCAUUGGAAUCCAUGUUCUCAGCGAUGUGUGAGUGUCAGGCGCUGCACCCCGACCCAGAGGACGACGACUCCGACAACGACUUCGAAGGAGAGGAGUAUGACGUGGAGGAGGCAGAGCACGGCCAUGCCGACAUCCCGACCUUCUACACCUGUGACGAGGGACUGUCGGCGCUCACGCAGGAGGGCCAGGCCACGCUGGAGAGGCUGGAGGGGAUGCUAGCCCAGAGUGUCGCUCAGCAGUACCACAUGGCUGGGGUGCGAACUGAAGAGAGCAAACCCGAAUUUGAAGACGGUAUGGAGGUGGAUGCAGCAGCGAUGGAGGCCGGUCAAUUUGAGGAUGCAGACGUCGAGCACUGAUGGAUGUCAUCUCAGCAGCCAAUCGAAGCACUGGAACUGCAUCAUGGGAUUGGAGAAGAAGACCGUGGGAAUUCCUUAAGGCUAUCAGCACUUGUACUUUCUUCUGUUCUCUCUGUCAAACAAACCUUUUCUCACGUGCUUAGUCAUCUCAGUAGUCCUCUGUAGCUUCCUACAUUGUCUUUAUUUUGUGUCGCGUUGGAGCUCACAUAAUGUUGCAUUGUUUUGCUGGCUUUCUGCUCAUCCUCCACCUCUAUUGAUUUGUCCAGGUGUUAUGAACAGUGUUUGCUGUGCUGCUCUUCUGUGAUGCAACCAAGUCAGCUACAGGAGACUAUUGAGAUGCAGCCCGUAAUGUCCAGAUCCUGUUGUUGACUGUAAAAACAAAAUAACACUUUUCUGUUUCUGUUUUGUACUUCAAGACUUUAAUAUGUGAUCCUCCUGCUGAGGAGAGUUAAUGUCUUUGUAUCGAUUUGUCAAUAAAUGCAUAGUUUUUGUAUGUUGA